AUGUCAGUCACUCCAGAAGAGCCGAGCAUUUCUUCCAAACUACAGCAACACAUUCUAUCAGCUGAAAUCCACAACAAAACUUAUCUUAAAUCUCAUCCAUGUGGUUCUACAACUUCUGCUGUAUCUGAUGAUAAACUGAUGAAAGCGAAGCAGAUCUUUCAGAGCAGCCAGCAUCAUUAUCUCACCGAAUCACAAUUUUCGAAAGUAACCGAAGUAUGCCAGCUUCCGUUCUACAUGAAUAUAGCCUUUUUUCAAACUGCAUUAGCGUUUACCGACAGUAACAAUAUUGGUAGUGCUGGUAGCAAUAGUGAUAUUAGCAUGACUACUACAUAUCUAAAAAGACAAGAAAAGGAGUUGAGGCAGGAAGACGAACAAGCGACUGAAGCAGCAAUAACAACUGCAGAAAGCGAUAAUAAUGAUGCAUGUGACCAAAAUGUAAUCAGUUUUCCUACUUUUGAGCGCUGUUGGUCUUACUUGACAGCAAAGUGCAAAAAUGAUCAAGAAAGACUUUUCUUCAAUAUCCUGUUGUUGCAGCGUACAAAUAAAGGCACAAACGAAACCUAUCACCAUUAUUUGAUACCAGAGGACUUUUUACCGGUGUUGGAAGAUAUCAUUUUUAAUCAUCCAGCAUUACAAUUUUUGGUUGAGAAUCCAACAUUCCAAGAAAAAUAUAUUGAAACAGUCAUUUGCAGAUUAUUUUACGACGCUAAAUGCCCUUUGGGUAAAAUGAGCUUCACGCACUACCGUAGAUGCAAAUUUACAGAAAUGAUUCAGCGACUUACGCCCGAAACAGAUUUGAAUACAACAAAAGAUUGCUUUAGUUAUAAACACUUUUAUGUACUGUAUUGCAAAUUCUGGAUGUUGGACGAAGAUCAUGAUCUGAUCAUCAAUCAAAUAGAUCUGCAGUCCAAUUAUAAUGACGGUGUGUUACCUACCAAAAUAGUACAACAAAUUAUGCAAAACGGUCAAAUACCUGCAUUCAAAAGAGUAGGGCAGAAACCGUCAAGAGAGAAAGCCUUACAAUAUUUUGAUUUCAUCUGGUUCUUUUUAUCAGAAAUCGACAAAAGCACGCCCGUUGCAAUAGAAUAUUGGUUUCGAUGUAUGGAUAGUGAUGGAGAUGGCAUCAUUACUACUUUUGAUCUGCUUGAAUACUGGGCCGAACAAGACAGACGCCUACGAGCAACCAUGCUGGAUUACUUGAAUGAAGAAUAUAUUCACUUCGAUGAUUUGAUACGCCAGAUGAACGAUUUGAUUCUACCAAAGACACCUGGACAGUUUUGUUUGAGCGACCUCAAAAAGAAUGGCAUAAUAGCAGAGCGAUUCUUUGAUACAUUUCUCAAUUUAGAAAAGUUUCAGUUACAUGAUAGUAGCCAAAAUUUAAUUCGAAUAAGUAUUCAAGCAGAAAAAGAGAAAAGAAGAAGACAGCUUUUACUGCUUCAAACGCGGAAAGAGAAGGAAGAUGAUAGCAGUUUGGAUAUCAUUUUGCACCAUCAGCAGACUGCUAAUAAUAGCAGUGAUAUGUAUCUUCGUGAUAAGCAAAUUCAACAUUAUCAACAACAACAAAUGUUCGAAACCUUCAUAUUGGGAAGUUGGUCUGACUACGCCGAAAUAGAAUAUGAAUUAUUAAUCGUGGAUGAGGAGCAAUGUGAAUCCAUUACAGAUGAAAACAAUUUUAGUAGUUUUGAUAACUGUAGUAAUUCGUUAUUAAAAGAUUGUCAAGACAUCAACAAAGAAGAGGAAGAAGGAAAAGAGGCAAAAGAAGAUGAGUAUUGCUAUUAUCAGCAUCAUGCAAUAACAAGGAAAGACGAACAUUUGGUGCUAAAGAUUAUAGAAGCACCAACAGCAGAUAGUAAAUCAAACACCACAACCUACAUGACGAACCUCAAGCAAGGAAAAGUGCUGUUUAAAGAUGCUGACAGUGGUGAUAGUGCUGGACCUGAGCGCAAGCGAAUCUGGCUAGCAUUAGAAGACGAAAGUUCUUGUUCUUUAACAGCAGAGACCACACGCAUUGAACAAGAUAAGGGAAAUUACAAUGACGAUGAUACUAUCCACAGUAGUAAUAGUCUUUUGAAAGGUUUAAUAUGGCCGACUAUCAAGGAGUCUUAUUAA